CGGGGGCUGCGAGCUGCCGGGAGGGGAGCGCCCCGAGCGUGGGGCCUUUGAACUUCGCAGGUGCCCGAGCUAGAUGUGGUCCCGCGGAAGGUGUCGGUAGGAUGUGGGCUGAAGGCUGUCGUCGCCGCCAGGAGGGCUCUUGUCGGGCUCCAGCAGCACCGUUGGAGGCCCGGGGAUGGAGGCAGGGCCCCCGCGGGGCAGGUGCAGUGGGGGGGCUGUCUCCCCCCGGGGACAUCCGGGUGGCAGCCCACUGUGGCGAAGCGUGUGACGCCAGAAGCGCAGGCGAGGCUCAUAUUUGGGCACGGAGCAGGUUAUUGGAGGCCGCGGCCCCGCAGCCGGGAGAUGAGGCGCCUGAUAAAGGCUGCCCCGGUGCUGCUGCCUGCGUUGGCUCGGGCGCAGGGCUGAGGGAGCUGCCCCGGCUGCGCCGGCUCGGGGCCGGUGCCGUGGGGCCGGUGCCGUGGGGCCGGUGGCCAUGGGGCCGGUGGCGGCGCUGGGGCUGCUGCUGUGCGUGCGGCUGUGUGCGGGUGAGUGGCGGCGGGCGGGAGCGGGGCCCGCGGCGGUGGCGGGCCCGGCUCAGCAGCCCCCGUGCCGCAGGCUCCGGGCAGCUGCGUCUGGUGGGCGGCGGCGGGCGCUGUGCCGGGCGCGUGGAGGUGGAGCACGGCGGUGAGUGGGGCUCCGUGUGCGUCUACGAUUUCGACUGGGAACCUCGCUGGGCCGCGGUGGUGUGCCGGCUGCUGGGCUGUGGCCGGGUGGCCAGGGCGUCCCCGUACGUCAGGUUUGGGCAGGGCACCGGGCGGAUCUGGAUGCAGCCCUUCUGCCGAGGAGGUGAGAGUGCGCUGGAGGAGUGUCUGCACUUUGGAUGGGGACUGCACUUCUGCGGCCACGAGCGGGAUGUGGGGGUGACCUGCACAGAUGCCGUGGAGCUGAGGCUGGUGGGCGGCAGCAGUCCCUGUGCCGGGAGGGUGGAGGUGAAGCUGCAGGGACAGUGGGGCUCGGUGGGAGACGACGUCUGGGACAUGGAGGACGCCGAGGUGGUUUGCCGGCAGCUGGGCUGUGGCUCGGCUUCUGGUGCCUACUCUGCCCAUGACACGUUCGGUGAAGGGAAUGGGCUCAUCAGCCUGGCCAGGGUGGACUGCGGUGGGUACGAGGCCAUGCUCUGGGACUGUGAGAUCCGUAACUGGGGACCCUAUAAAUUCUUCAACCAUUACUGGGACACAGCUGUUGUCUGCCAAGGAUUAUCCCGGCUAGUCGGAGGUGAUGGAGCCUGUGCCGGGCGUCUGGAGGUGCGUCGGGGCCGGGCCUGGGUCGGUGUCUGUGAGGAUCAGGUGGACAUGAAGGCGGCCCAGGUGGUGUGCAGGGAGCUGGGCUGCGGUGAGGCGCUCGCCAUCCCUGGCAGCGCUCGAUUUGGGAGAGGAUCAGGGUCAUUCUGGGACGGUGGCUUCCAGUGCAAUGGCACCGAGUCCCUGCUCAGUGCGUGUGCCCGGCGUCUGCCCCACAGCCAGGCCUGCGCCGGCCCUGCCAGCGUCAUCUGCUCCGCCUACACGGGCUUCCGGCUGGGGAACAGCAGCUCGGGAUGCUCCGGGCGAGUGGAGGUGGCAGUGAGGGGGACGUGGGGAUCCGUGUGCGCCAGCGAGUGGGACCUGGCCGAUGCGCACGUCCUGUGCCGCCACCUGGGCUGCGGCCGCGCCUCCAGCGUGCCCCCGGGAGGCUCCUUCGGCAGCGGGGAGGGGACACUGCGGCCGGACGCCUUCGGCUGCCACGGGAGCGAGCGGCACCCGGGCGAGUGCCCCGUGGCCGUGCUGGGGAAGCCGCCCUGUGUGCCCGGAAACGCCGCCGCCGUCAACUGCUCAGGUGUGCAAGGCGGCUCUGCGAGGAGCCUUAAGGGCUUUUGGGAGCCUGCUAAGAAUUGGCAGCAGUGGAUGCAGGGAACUUUUGCGAUGAAGGACUGAGUCUGACCAUU